UCCAUGAGGAGGGCAAGAUGGCGGCGGCUCUGGAGAGGAGCUUCAUCGAGAUCUGCGGCUUUGAGAGAGAAACGCAGCGCCGCUACCGAGAAGUAACAGUGAACCUGGGUCUGAAUCCUCUUCCUGGUGGUAAAUUCUCAGACAGCGCCGGAGCGUUUCACUACGAAGAGAGCGGAAAACUCCUGUCAGUCACAAGCAACAGGUUCAUUCACUGGUCGACAUGUGGAGACAGCGUGCAGUUCGUGGAGCUGUCUCUGGAUAUGAACCUCCUGAACAAUGGGGUAAAACUCAAGUUCAGUCACUGCUCUGUGCUGCCAGGAGGGGUCGCUGUCCUGGAAACGCUCCACAACGUCGUCAUCCUCAUCUGCACCAAUCAGAGUGUCCAUAGACUGGUCCUGCCCCACCCCACACGCAUGUACCGCAGUGAGCUGGUGACCGAGCUCCACAUGCAGUCCAUCUUCACAGAUGUGGGUAAACUUAGCCUCCAGGAGGGACCUCACAGCGCCCCCAUCCCCAACGCAGUGAACUACACCUCCAGUCCCAGCAGCGCCACCUGUUGGAUCAGCCACACAGGAGAGGCUCACUAUGCCCUGGCCUCUCCAGCAGGGGGCAUCACAGUGGUCACUCUGCCGCCACACGACGUACAAGGUUCCCUCUCUGUGGUGGACCUCAAACGGUCCUCCAUGAUGCGUCGUAUCUCUGGCUGGAUGCCCUCGGCCAUCAGAGGAGAGCAGCCCUCAGACCUGGUGCUGAGUCUGGCUGUGCGCGAGCUGGAGGACGACUGCUUCAUCUAUGCUCUGUGCCAAGACCAUAAGCUGCGCAUGUGGUCAUUCAGGGAUCAGCUGUGUUUGCUGGAGGCGGACAUGUUGGAGUAUGUCCCUGCGCGUAGAGGAGUGAAGCGCCUGUCAGGACAGGGGCACAGGGUGCGACAGGUGUUCUGCCCCAGCACAGGGGUGUGCCUCUGUGUUUACCUGGCCUUCCCUCAGAGCGGACAAUUCACCGUACUACAGCUCGUUGCCACCGACAACCAGCGAUACAGCCUCGACCACAUCUCCACUGUCUUCUCCACUCAGGAGACUUUGGUGGACUUCACUCUGACCCCCACAGAGGUCUGGGGUCUGUGGCUCGACGACACAAAUUCUACUAUUGUCAAAUACAUCAACUUUGAACAUAACUCAGCUGGACAGUGGAACCAGGUCUUCACUCAUCCUUCGCCUGAAGAUGAAGUCCACAUUGGCAUUGACCAGGACCCGCGGGAGACGUACCUGGAUGUGCUGUUCUCUCCUCUGUGCUUCACGGCAACAGCAAUCGUCAAAGCUCUGCAGAUUUUCAGACGAGGCUCUGAGAGGAUCACAGACCUGAGCUGGGAGUCUUUGAAGAGAGAGGUGACUGUAGCUGUGGAGACAGAGCUCCAGAGCAGUGUGACAGAGUUGGAGUUCUCUCAGGAGGAGUAUCGUCAGCUCCUGGUGGAGUUCUGGUCUCGGUUCUACGCCUGUGUGUUGCAGUACCAGGAGGCUCUGUCCAUGCCUCUGGGGUUGAGCGUGGACCCUCACACCGGGAUGGGCUGUCUGCUCAAGAAGGGUUUUGUGUCGUUCUUGUUGCCCUGUUUCGCUGUGGAUCAUCUGUAUCUGUCCUAUGAUAAAUACAUGUCCAUCGAGGAGGAGACGCCCAUCGCAGAGGACCCUGACGUGGCCCGGGACGUGCUCACCAUCGCUCAGUGUCUGCGUUUGGUCAGUGACAUCGUUUCAGGAGAGAUGUCAUACGAGAUGGAGAAGGCUCUGGACCAGCUUGAGUCUCCAGAAAGAGCCGCCGAGCUAGUGCUGGACAACAUGCUCUCCAACGACAGUGAUAAUGUGAUCGAGGACAUCCAGAACAAACUUCAGGACGUGAGGAGCCCUGUGUCGGCCAUCAACAUGCUUCUGAGAGAGAUGGACCUGGAGACGGACACGGAGACAUCAGAGAACCCCCUCAGCUCAGCCCAAUCCCUUCAGACUCGCCUGAGCCUCUCUCAGCUCUACGGCAGCUCCACGGCCGUUGCCAUGGUUUCCCAGGCCCUGACGACCAUUGCCAUGACGAGGGCUCACUUCUGUCGAGACCUGCUCAUCCUCCAGAAACUCUACCUGCGCUUUGGCGACGUGUUUGGGGGUGGAGCCUGGUUGUUGCAGUUACAGCAGGACUUGAUUCCACGCAGUUCUCACCUGUUGUCGUCAUAUCACCUUUUGAAGAACAUCUCCCAGACUCUGGCUUCUGCCGUCCCUGUGGACAUCAUAGAUGCAAAUCUGCAGCACCUCACAGUCCUGGAGCUGUCGGAUGCUCCAGCGCUCUCCUCCAACAGAACAGUCCUGAGCCCGCAGACAGUGGUGGAGCUGUUCUAUCAGACCACGGCUCGUAAAAACAUAAUUUCUCAGAUUUAUUCUCAGAGAAACAGUGAGGCGGAGCUGCUGCAGUGGAGCCACAUGGUGUCCAGUGUGGUGCACCUGCUGGGACAGAUCCUUUGGCCCAGUAACCCUGGAUUCCAGUUCCCAGAGUGUCUGAUGGCCAACUGUCAGUAUACACAGUUACAGGAGUACGUGCGUCUGGUUGGUCCCUGGUGUCAGGUGAACAUCGGUUCCUGCAGGUUCAUGCUGGGACAGUGCUACCUCGCCACGGGAGAAGGACAGAAGGCUCUGCAGUGCUUUCAGGAAGCGGCCAAUGAGGUGGAGAAAGAGGAGUUUUUGAUGAAGCUCACGGGGACAGAGGAUGAAGAGGCGGCUCCAACGGCCAGACUGCAGUACUACAACAAGGUUUUGCGUUUACUGGAGGACGUGGGACUUCCUGAACUGGUUAUUCAACUCUCCACUUUGGCCAUCACUGAAGCCGCCACUGAUGCAACCUCUCAGGCGGCGCUGUGGACCCGUAUCUUCAAACAUCACCUGGACCUGGGUCAUAACAGUGAGGCGUACGAGGCUCUAACACAGAACCCUGACGCAAGCAUGCAGCUGGAUUGCCUGCGUCAGCUGGUGGUGGUCCUGUGUGAGCGUUCUCAGCUUCAGGACCUGGUGCAGUUUUCCUAUGUGAACCUUCAUGAUGAGUUGGUGAACAUCAUUGAGUCUCGCGCUCGCAGUCUGGAUCUUCUGUCUCAUAAUUAUUACGAGCUGCUUUACGCCUUUCACAUCCAGAGGCACAACUACAGGAAAGCGGGCACAGUGAUGUUCGAGCUGGGCAUGCGUUUGGGCCGGGAGGUGCGGUCAAGGGCGGGGCUCCAGCGACAGGUGAACUGUUACCUGUCGGCUCUGAACUGCCUCCGUCUGAUCCGCCCUGAGUACGCCUGGAUUGUCCAGCCGGCCGCCGGAGCCACGUACGAGCGUCCGGGAGCAUCUCCAAAGAGGAACUCUGAUGGAGAGUUUACCCCUGAACCAGUGCGUCGGCAGGUAGACAUCUUGGAGCUGCGUGACUUGGAGAGAGAGUACAUUUUGUCUAGUAGCCGUCUCACUCUUGCUCAGCACCACCCUCCAUCUGCUGCCAUAGCCGGCAAUGCUUCGGCCGUAGAGAUGGUGGCCCUGUUGGUUCAAACUGGACUUUUUGACACGGCUCUCUGUGUGUGCGAGACGUUUAACCUGCCGCUGACCCCGGUGUUUGAGGGACUGGCCUUUAAAUGUAUAAAGCUGCAGUUUGGAGGAGAGGAGGUUCAGAAUGAAGCCUGGAGCUGGUUGGCUGCAAAUCAGCUCUCAACGGUUGUCAACACCAAAGAAUCCAGUGCCACAGAUGAGGCGUGGCGGCUCUUGGCUUCGUACCUCGACAGAUUUUCGGGUCAGGGGCAGCACCACAAACAUGUCAUUACCAAACUACUGUCCCACGGAGUCCCUCUACCAGACUGGAUCACCGCUGCAUACAAGUCAGUAGACGCAGCCUCUCUGCUCCGGCUGUACCUGAACUUUGACCUCCUGGAGUCUGCGGCGGAGCUGGUUCUGGAGUAUGUCGACGCAGUACUGGGGAAAGGACACCAGUACUUUGGCAUUCAGAAGCCGCUCUCUGCGACCGGGCCUCUGGUGUGGCUGCCGUACACCGCCAUCGACCAACUUCUGCAGACUCUGAGCUCCACACAGACCAACACUAAUAUUUAUAACAAACUUCGGGACAAAUUGGACGAUUAUCAGAAGACUGUAGAACAGGCAACGAAACGCAGACUUUUGACACGAACGAGCGCUUUUCCAAACCUUGGCUCCAGCUAACAAUCUACACCUCAUUUAAAUUGACUCUGAACAGGAACAUGCUCUUAAAGGAACACCAGGUGGUGCUGUUUUGACCUGUACAUACUUGAUAAUGACUGCUCUGUGUGAAUGGGAGUUUAUGUAAUGUCGUCCUUUGUACUUUUUGUUUUUGUAUCAAGUUUAUGUAAAUGUAAUAAAGUCUUUUUCUCAGA